AUGAAAGGAAAAGAGGAAGUUUGUGACCAGUUUGGGACUAGCGGAAGCACUUGCAAAGUGAGCCACGUGUUUGGUACCUUUCUUGAACCGCUCGAGCCUCAGCUUGCCCACAACAUUGCCCUCCACCAAGCAACAUUGCAUCUCCCUUCUCCAACCCCGCCCUAUCCUUUGGUUAUCAACUACAUUCCCUACCCAUUUUCGUCUUCUGAAGGUGGGUCACUGGCUAGCCUCGUCUUACCCGUCCGUUCAAUCUUCGUUCCACAAAGCUCCAUGACGGACCAGGAGACGCAUUCCUCACGGGCAGAGCAGCGUAUGCUAGCGGUCGCAAGACUCAAGCGCGCCGCGUCGCUCCCGAGGAUGAAGGACGGUCGACGGCCACCAAUGCAUGUAGAAGCCGUGAGUGAAGGAGAGAAAUCUCAAAACGGGGAGGAAAGGGCGAUCAGUGAUGGGGAGGCAGCUAAAACCCAGGAUGAAAUUGCCUCAGAACUGCAGGAACUCUCGAGCACACAAAUGCAAGAUGAACGAGGGACAACUCCCGAACCGGACAGUGAUCAUCUUCCGCAAUCUACCAACCCAACAGUAGACGUGGAGCUUGAAGCGGAUACCGAGCUGGAAGAACGUUCCCUUUCUCCCUCUACUAUCCUGAAAAAGCGUCGCACGCGUUCUCGAUCAAGGUCAAGAGGCUCCAAAGAUUUUAAAGCCAAAAUCAAGGCUACCCAAUCCAUUAUACCUCAGGUUGGUGGUGACCUCCCGUCAGACGAGAACGCCUCUCAAGCUCCUGUUAUACACCCCAUACCCCCGCCCCUCCUAUCUCCGGUUCCUCUUUUUCCAUUUCUCAAACAAUCCGCCUUCUUACGUUCACCUGCUGCGACAUCCCCUGAUAUGUCCUUGUUCUAUCCUGGUACAUCACCACCAACUCCUCUACCUACUCUUGAAGACCUUCAAAGAGGCUUGAUGCGCUCAAAUAGUGCCGGUAGCUCAGCUGCUGGGCGGAGAAUGGCAAUGCAUAAGUUGACCGGAGGCACUGAAACUUAUGACCCAUCACCCUCACCAACGCCGCCAUCACUUAUGUCAAAACUCAGUCGAAAUAAUACAGUAUCUGGUGGAGAGCGUAUCGCUGCUAGGCAAAAUAUGUUGUCCCGAUUAGGAACACGGAUUACCAAGGAAGCAGAUGCCGACGGUGCGAGCGGCGCAGAAGAUAGAGGAGCUCCUUCUCCGACUCCAAAGCGACGCAGAAGGCGGUCAAGAAGGGCGUCUGCUACUCCUUGUAGCAACCCCAUAGUUUCUGAUUCUGAUUUCAACUCGACAAAUCCGAAUACACCGGCUCUACCUUCCACCCCCCUGCCCGUUCUUCCCAACCACUUUGCCGAGCUUCGUGCCCAAUCUACAACACCCAACCAACAAUCUAGUUCUCGCACUGAAAGCAGCGAAAGGAUAAUAGAUGCUACUCCGCCUCCACUUCCCUCUGCUGCACUUGCGCAAUCUGGCGACGAGCCCGAACCUGAGCGUCAAGAGCAUACACGUCGAAGAAGUGUUUUAAUAGAAGACCCCGAUGAGGAAGAAAGAGAUCCACCAGAUCAAAGAUUUGCGGCGUCACCACUACCUGGAACCCCUCAGCGAACGUUCCAAAGCAUUGAGGCAUUAAGAAUCCAGCAUUCUUCAGACACACCGUCAAAUGGGUCUUCUGAUUCUGGUCCUCCCUCUGGGGUUGGGGUACCCAUAUUUCUCAGUCAGCGGGCCCCUUCUAGGAAUGAAAUGUUCCCCAGUAGCCCAUUUAUGACUCCCUUGAAGGAAAAAUCGUUGAACGAUGAGGACGAGGAACAAGUUCUUUAUCCCGCGAGUACUGUCCGUCCACGCACACCAUACGCUACUAUUAGCGAUUCUUAUGACCGAGAAAUUAGUUGGAUCGCUUCUCCGGUCCCAGAAAUACGAAUGCCUAUCGAUGAUGACGAUGAAGAGGAUGAAGACAUUGAACAAGAGGUUAAUGUUCAGGUUGAAGCCGAAGAAGACGAAGGUCCAUUAUCUUCUACGUCUUCAAAUGGAUUUUCCCCAGACGUAUACGAGAAUGAUGACCGCACUUCAUCAAGUUCAAAAAGUGUGCUUGUCGAGUCUGAAACCUCUCCCGACAAUGUUUAUAUCCCUGCUUCACCUUCAUCGGUUGGGGUUGCUUUGCAUGCCCCUGCCGAAGAAGCGGGUUCACCCCAAUUCUUCCCAACAAGGUUGUCAGUGGCGUCUCAAAGGUCUCCAGGACAUGCUGAUUACUCUGAAUGGGAGGAACGCUUUACGAGUAACGACUCUGCGAAAAGAAUAGAACCAGCUUCCGCUACAGCUUGGGAAAAGGUGAAGAGUACUUUUUCAAGGGCAGGAUCCAGCACUGGAAGGAGAUCUCGGACGAACAGCAUUGCUCGUGAACGGCGUGAUCACACUGACUCUAGUAUCAGUCGGGAAAGUGGGGCAAGUCUGAUUAGCGCCAAGACCGACAAAGGGGAUAAUGGCGGGUUUACGAAUCAACCGCAUGCGCCUCCUCUCAUGCAAUCGCCGUCCGCUUCAGCAUCUAUUCUAUCCUUGGCGCCUCAUGUUCCUCCAAGAAGCAGUGUAUCUCCCAUUCCACCUCCCUCUUCCGCGGACAUGUCCAAAUACCAAAAUGCCAAAUUAUUCCCGUUCCCUGGUAUGUUGCGAUUAGAGGAAGAGCGACGACAAAAAGGGCAACUUCCUUCAAGCGCGUCGACACCGGAUGUCACAACACCAAAUGCAUACGAGGAGGCUCAGACAUCAUAUUCGUACUCUACAACGCCGAUUCAGAGCCCGGAUUUGAAUAGGGAACGCAAGCUAUCGCCUAGAAACUCUGAUAAUCUUACUGCCAGGUAUGCGGCCGAUUCAACGAAUCCAGCAUCGCCACAGUAUCCCGAAUAUUUGGAUGUGUCGCCUUCGCCUCAACAGAAUGGAUCAGGAACGGGUUAUAACCUCAAAUUGCCUACCACUCUUCCCGGGGUGAAACAGUGGUUGAGUAAAAACUCGAAAAAGAAGCCUCCAACACCUUCUGCGGCUUUGCCAGGUUCGGGUUCUUUCUCCGCAUUGCCUGUCAUUGAGACACCGAGUUUGCAAAUAGCUAGUAAGAAGCCCUCAAUAUCUGACAUCUUUGGGAAGAAGUCGAGCGAGGUAAACGAUUGGGAAGAGUCUGCGAAUGUCCCAUCGAUACCAGGCAACGAAAUCAAUGCGGGUUCACUUUCUGUUCAUGGACCUACAAAUGGCAUUGCUUUGAAUGGCUCAACCUCAAUUUCACCAACUCUAGAAGUCAAUAGCUCCUCAAAAAGUCGCAAUCUUGUCCCACUUGAUUUGGCUGCUGGCCGAGGUUCACCGUACAAGUUUCCUCAUCAACCCGGUUCGGCACCUAGAGUUGCCACCCCCGAUCCGUCGUCUCUCAGCGACUAUCCACCCCCUACAGCCUCUGAAUCUUCAUCAACAUCGUCUUCUCAGUAUUCCCUCAAAGUCCCACAAGGUCUGGUCGUCCUUGAACGUCUGGAAGAAAACCUUGCUCGAGGGUCUAGAAAUACCUUGUGGAGUUCUGCACUUGAUGAUCCACCCCGAAAGUUGAUAUUAUCUUCGCCCGUUUUGCAAGUUGUCAACCCAAGCACAGUCAAAGACCGAUUCCUUUUCCUCUUCAAUGAUAUCCUUGUGAUAGCUAAACCUGUCACUUACGAUCAAGAUAACUUGAUGGAUACCUACAAAUUAAGCUUGCCUGACAGAAAGUAUACUGUGAAAAGCGUCGUCCAAUUGCGAAACUUGCGAUUCUGUGCCGAUAGAUCAGAAGCCCGAGGCAAGCCCCCCUCAUUCGACCGCAAUCCUUUGAUACGCUCUUUUAUCACACAAUUUGCUAAGGAUCCCGAACACGCAAUCACCACCCUGUUCACAAAAUCUAACGCCCCAGAUGAUCCCGUCUUACUUGCGCAAUUGCUGUUCAGAACAUUGGAAUUGGACCGAAGCCGGCUCGGCGAGUACCUGGGCAGGAAAACCUCGAAACCUGUUCUCAAAUCGUAUUUGGAUAGCUUUGGAUUCGCGGGCCUCAGGAUAGACGUGGCGCUGCGUGUCUUUUUGCUUUCAAUGAACGUGUCGGGGCAUUCGAAUUCCUAUAGCGCGCUCGAACAUCUUCUGGAAUCAUUCGGCAGUCGGUGGUAUGAGGCUAAUGCCAAGUUCGUUGCCUACGACAAAGAUAUGGCUGUGCGUUUAGUGUGGGCGCUUGUUCAACUCAACGAUCGCCUUCAUGGCGGCAUUGUUGAUGAGCCGGGCCCUACAGACCACAUCAGACGCAAUGUUACUAGCAAAGAAUUCCUCGACGCUUUUCGCAGGCACGACAUGCGAUUUCUUGUCACGGACGAGUUUUUGCUGGACUUAUACAAAUCUAUCUAUCAUGAGCACCUUUGCCAGGCAUGCCCAACUGACGGCUGGCAAGAUACCCCUAUUACCAUCAAGAGACCAUUGCCGACGAGACUUACUUACAAAAUGCAGUCCGAGCCUAUUGUGUUCCGCCUCCCACAAGCGGACCCUCUGCUGUCAAUCGAGCUGUAUGGGCAAGAUAUCGAAUUCGACCCUCCCGUUCUGAACUUUACGAAGUCUUCUGAGGCGUCCUUCCGCGUGACAGGCAGAUCAUUAGGCUCCAAAACGAUAAUACUAUGUAGGUCAGGACCGAAUGCAGUCAAGUAUUCUGGCCUUCCUCUGAGCCACACAAUUGUCGUUGAAAGGGCGUUCAUGCGGAAUACUUUUCAACUUGCCUUUAGCCAAUCUGGAGUAAAGCGGAAAUAUAUGUUCAGCGUCGAUGACCCGAUUAUUAGAAAUGAAUGGGCAACAUCUCUGCGGCGCCAUAUAGAAUCAUCAAUCAAUGCGUCACUAACUCCUGGUGGACCCAUCUCAACGGGUUACCCGAGCUUCAACAAAGCUGCAGAUGCUGUUGCUUUUAAAGUCCUCCAGGAAACUCUAAUUGGUAGUGGUGCGCCUACAAAUUCUCAUCGGCCAAACGGGUCUCUGUCUACUCAGAACAGCGGCGUCAACUCUCAUCUGAAUAUGUCCACCUCAUCGUAUAUCAGUCCACUUCAAACCCGUUCUAAAUCAAGGAGUCAAAUCUAUCACCGACACGGAGCAGGCAAGAACGAAUUAGACUUGGAUCAGAGAUCACCUAGUAGAUCGUAUGAGAGCAAUGACUACAGCCCAGGAUCGAGUGACCAGGCAAAUACGCCAGAACAACGUUUAGACAGUGUUCUAUGGACUGCACGAGACCUCGAGAUUCAUUGCCAACAAAACAGUUCUAUAUCGCUUGUCCUGUCUCUGUUGCAAGUAGGGGUGCCCAGUGAGAGUCCUCCGGUGCAGUAA